AUGCUGCCACGGGGACAUCGAUCACGGGGAAGAAAACAGACGCGUGAGGAGUUCGCAGUGGGGCUGUCGAUGUUCAGCGAUGUUCGCACGGCCUGGCAUCCUCGGGUUCGCGAGGCACCCGACUCCGAAGCCACGUGGGUGGACGUGCCUGUUUACCUGGCCAUGAGGCAUGCUCCGCAAAACUGGGGUCAUCAUGCAGUGGAGACAUCGCUCGCCCUGUACGCUCUGAUCAUGUCCCAUGAGGACCUUUUCGAGCCUUCUGGGCGGCGUCUCCUCUUCUUCCUGGAUGAGUGCUCCCUGGAACUGCAGGGGGACGCCGUGGAGUUCUGCAUGCGGUUCGUGCCAAACUCGGUGAACUGCCUCCAAGACAUCUCCAGCUCAUGCGCAAGAUUCACCAGCCAGUUGUGGCCGCUGCUCUCCGACUGGGCACCGCUGGAGAAGGGAAACGUGCAGGAGAGACUUCCUGGAGUCAGGACACUGUGCUUCCGCUCUGUCGUCGCUGGUCUUUCCCCCUGGAAACGCCCGGUGCAGACGAAGGAUGCUCUGGGGCGCCGCCUCACUCAGCAGGAAUGGGCUGCCGAUCCUUUGCUAGCGCCUGUCAUCCGGCACUUUCGGGGUAAAUUAGCACGACAACGCUGCACAUGCAGCAUUCCUGCAUGCGUGCGCUACUGCCGACGGCGAUUGAAGUUCAUGGACGGUGAUGCAAUCCCCACCACACAGGACUCUUCUGGGCCUGUUCAACCAGGCGGGCCAGGUGAAGCUGAAAAGGAGCUGGGAGACCAGAAGCAGGGCCGGGAGGACUUGGAGCGGGCUCCGGGUCCGACUGUCGACGGCCAGCUCCCGGGCCCACCUGUGUCUUGGGAGCGGUCGGAAGAUGAUGCUGCAGACAUCACCACCCGGGCCGCAGACAGCACCGACGGCUUAGAGCCUGCAGCCGCGCCAUCUCAUGCCACGGAAGUCUUCCCGGCCGAGAAUGCCGAGACACAGGCUGCAGUGGUGCUGCCCACGGCCCCGCUGCUCGACGGUCACAGCGGCGAGGAGGUGCAGGCACAGCUGCAGACAGCAAAGCUGGAACUUCCAUCGGCAGCAGAGAUGCAGCUUCCGGGAGGUGAUCACCCGGAUGAGCCGAAGAGCAUGGCUACACCCUUCGAGGAGCCUCCAACGCCAGCAGCCGCGAUGCCGUCUCCGGGAGGUAAUGUCCCAGAUGCAUCGAAGGGCACGGAACCUUCGGAGAAGUCGUCCGGCCCGGUGCCGGACCGCGCGCCAGACGAUCUGGGGCGCAGACGUAAGGCACAAGCCCUGAUGCAAGGGCCUGUCGCCAACAUGGCGUCCUCCGAACGCCGAAGCAUGAAGGGCAUGGCAAACACCAAAACUUUGAUUGGGCCCUACUCUGUCGGCGGCACCAUCGGCAAGGGCGGCUUUGGCUGCGUGUACAAGGCCAUGGACCAGCAGAGGGCCCUGUUUGUGGCCAUUAAGCAGGUGAGCUUGGGAGGCUUGCACAGCGGUGACAUCAGCCAAAUAGAGGUAGAGAUUAACCUGCUGUCCAAGCUGAAGCACAAGAACAUUGUGAAGUACAUUGACUCCAUCCGGACUGAGACCCACUUGAACAUUGUCCUCGAGUUUGUGGAGGGUGGAUCCAUCGCCGCCAUCAUAAAGAAGUUCGGAGCUUUCCCAGAGUCUCUGUGCGCCAUCUACACGCUGCAAAUUCUGAAAGGCUUGAAGUUCUUGCAUUCCCAAGGCGUUAUUCACCGAGACAUCAAAGGUGCAAAUGUCCUCACGACAAAGACUGGGACCAUCAAGUUGGCCGACUUUGGGGUGGCAACGAAACUAAGCGAGAUCGAUAGCUCAAAGCGACGCGUCGUCGGUACCCCCUACUGGAUGGCACCGGAGACGGUUGAGAUGAGCCCACCCACUCCUGCCAGCGACAUUUGGAGUGUGGGGUCAACAGUGGUGGAGAUGAUCACAGAGAAGCCGCCGUAUGCAGAUUUGCCGCAGAUGUCGGCUCUUUACCGCAUUGUAUCCGACAAUCACCCGCCCCUGCCAGAGGGCUUUUCUGAAGCUCUCGACGCAUUCCUGUUACGGUGCUACGAGAAGAACCCGUUGCACCGUGCUGGAGCUGCAACACUCCUGGAGGACCACUGGAUUCAAGCAAACAAGAAACACACACUGGAGUUCACGCGCCAAAUGCUCACCCCGAAGGUGACACAGAAGGAGUCGCCGCAGAGGAGGGUGGAGGAUGAGGAGGAGGACAGUGGUGAGUCUGGAGCUGAGGAGAUGGAAGCAUUCACCACACUGAUCCGGGACACGCUAGUGACGCAGCAGCGACCAGGCAUGGAGGCUUUGGGACUUCCCAGCAGCGUGCAUGACUCCCAUGAGCUCGAGGUGCGAAGCCUGGACAAGGCUUCCAGCGAGAAGUCAAGUUCGCGAUCCUCCAAGCAGGGCACGGUGAAGUAUCCGAUUGAAGAGGGAGCCGAUGCAGGGACAAACCUCGACGAGUAUCCAUCCAGGAAGCUCUUGGGGUCCCUGCCGGAGGGGAGCAUACCUGAAGCCUCCAAAGGUGAGGCGCAGGAGGUCAACUCCGAGGAGCUGCGAGGUUAUCAUUUUGCUUUCCUGGAUUACUACAAGGAGUACUGCGAAGCCAAGCCCUCCGUCCAGGCGGAGUCCGGAUCCAAGCAGACCGACUCCCUGCGAAGGCGACCGAACCGACCUCCGAGCGGGCAGCUGCGGGCCAAGGACGUGAUCCAAGACGACUCCAAGGAGAACCGGGAGCGGCAGCGGGCGGCAGCAGAGAUCAAGAGCCUCCUUUCCAGCAUCCGGCCUUUCGAGGAGUCGGGAGUUCUUGUUCGGGUGUGCAAGCGGCUCACGGAGCUGUUGCAGCAGGGCAUGCAGCAGGGAAGCAGCAGCAAAGACAGCAUCCAGCAGUUGAUCAUCGAGCAUGGGGUGGUUCCCAUCGUGGAAAUGCUUCAAGUCACGGACCCGAUGCUACUCCGGCAGGUCUUGAAAGUGGUGAACCAGAUUGUUGCAGAAUGGAAUCAUGACUUCCAGGAGCUCUUCAGCAUGGUCGGACUGAUCCCCGGCGUUAUCAAGUUUGCUGGAUCUGAGUUUGCCCGCGACUUGCGGGUAGAGGCUGGUACCUUCAUCUCCCGGCUCUGCAACUCCGGGUCCAGCAGCCUCCAGAUGCUGAUAGCCUGCGGUGGACUGGAGGCCAUUGUGGAUCUCAUCUCCUACGACUACUACCAGAAUCGGGACUUGGUCUGGAAUGCACUGGAUGCCGUGAAUACAGUCAAGAAUAAGAAGAGCAGCCAUAGUCGAGAUCUCUGCCGGAUCCUCGCGAAGCGUGGCCUUUGUGGGCACCUUGUCCUUUUGAUCGACAACCUGGCCACAGACAUCCAGGAAAAGGCAGCUCACUAUUUGCAGGAGGUUAUCAGAAUCCUUGGCUUUUUUGCCAAGACCGGAGAUUCUGUGGUCAAGGCCUACAUGGCCAAAGCGCCCGUGCUGGAGGGGCUUAUUGCUUCGCUUGAGUACUUGCCGCCCCCUUUGGCAGCUGAAGUCUGUAGGAUUUUCAAGCACCUUUCUCAAGAGCCGUCCGUCCUCAACAUGAUGGAGAACGUUGGGCUCGUCCCUGUUCUGGUUUACCACAUGAAGUUGCACAGCGUCUUCGAGAAGGGGACUUGGGACGGCACGGAGAAGGACCUCGAGAACGAGAAAGCCCAAGAUGCCUGUAGCCAGUGCUUGCUGGCACUCUCGAACCUUUGCAAACUCUCUCGCCCUCGGCAAGAGCAGGCCACCUUAGCGGGUGCCAUUCCAAAGCUGCAAGCUUUGGUUGAAAGAGGUCAUCCUUUGCAGGAGUACGCUUUUGUGAUGAUCUGUGACAUGGCUUGUGCUUCUUUGGCCACACGGAAGUCCUUGUGGACAGAGGACGGUGGGCCUUUCCUUGUUCGAAGCCUGGCCGUGCCUGAGACGCAGGUCCCGGCACUUGAGGCCUUAGUUGGUUGGUUUGGUGUGAAGGAGCACAAGGCAAACUGGUGCGAGCGCCUGGAGGGCAAGCUGCUAAAGGGCCCCGACUUCCUCAUGCGCCUGUUUGCACUGUUCCGGAGUGAGGACAAGGAUGUAUUCCUGAAGAUCUUGGACCCCUUGGUGAAGUUGGUGAGGAUCUCUUCAGAGACCAACGCUGCGCUGGCGAAUAGCGACCAAUUUCUGGCCGAGCUCCUCCGGAGGUUAGAGGGCGAAGGCAACAGCGACAGUCCCGAUGCGAGCAGAGUGGCCAGCAGCGCGCGGUUCAGCUCUGAGGAUUUCUUCGGCAACCCUGCACUGGGGAGAGCUGCUCUCGAUGAGACGAGCCUCAACGGCGUGCGCCGACUUGUCUCCGCACAGCCCGGUGCUCUCGCCGACAAUUCUGUGCGAGCACGGCAAACUCUCCUGCGGCUGCUCUUACAGCUUUGUCAGCCCUUGAGCAAGCCACAACUGGCCGCGCUGGUGCAGCGCUUCCGCCUGAAAUCCCACUUGCAGCACGUUCUGGCAGAGGAGCGGCGCAAACAGCGCGUGAUUCUCAGCGCCAUCGCGUCGCAGCUUCUGGCAAUGUUCAUGGAAGCCUCCCCAGGACCGGACGCUGUACCGACGGAGGAAAAAGCCGGAGAGGGCCCUGGCGACGUUCACAUUGACAUCGGGGAAUCAAUGCCGACGGCUUCGCAAGAUCGGGAGCUGUAUGAUUUGCUGAAGGUGGAGCCCGACGCAACGGAAGAUGUUCUCAGGGGUGCCUACAAACGCCGGGCACUGGAAUUGCAUCCAGACAAAGGCGGCAACGAGGAGGAGUUCAAAGCGAUGAAAGGUGCCUACGAUGUUCUCACUGACCCGGAGAAGAGGACAGUCUACGAUCAGCAUGGGAAGGAAGGCCUGCGACAGCUGGAGAUGGCCAGGCAGAUGGAAGCAAAUGGGUUUUUCUCGCCGAUUCAGUGGCUCCUGAGCCUGUCGCCAGGCAAACGACAGGUUCUGGCACUGCUGGUCGUGCUGGUGGCGAUGUUCUUCAUGCUGCCCUUCGUGCUCACUACAUUGAAGUGGGACGGAACUGCCGGAUUUCACUGGGCCAUUGUCCUGAUCCCUGUGUGGCUUCUUCAGUUGCCCAUCUGUUUCCUUCAACAGUGCGUGGUGCCGGAGCCACCACAGGGUGACGAGGAGGAAUGGGGCGAGGACGAGCGCACAAAGUUCACGCAGCAGAAGAAGGAGCACCACUGGCUCCGCUUCGAAGGCUUCGUCUUUUCGGGGCUGCUGCUCCUCUUCCAGCUCUUGCUGCUGCUGCGCUUGGAGGACGACAUCUCCGUUUCUUGGUUUGUAGUGAUGUUGCCCUGGAUCCUCCUGGAGGUGUGGUGGGUGGUGCUCAAGGUCAUGGUUGCUCCAGUCCAGUGGACAAGGGCUGAUGCCAGGGCUGCAGCAGAGGCGCUUGUGAACGCUGGCACUGUAUGGAAGUCAUUGAAGUUCUGGUGCUUCCUGCUCAGCUUUGUGCAACUGGGUGCGAUGCGGCUCGUCGCAGUCCUACUGCUUGCAGAGUGCGCUGAUUCUGGUAGCACGUCGUGGUGGAUCGCCCCUGUGCCCCUGUACGUUGCUGCUGCCUUCAGCAUCAUCAAAGCAGCAGUGGACGCUUGCGGCUCAUCGCCACAACCGAACUCAGGUCCCGCCAUGGUAGCCACCAGCCUGAGCGUGGCUGCAUGGUUGACUAUGGUACUCCUGGCCGUCGGCAAGCUUGAUGGCGGCAACUAUUCUGCUGGAUUGGUGUUCUCGCCGAUCUUUGCCGUCUUUGGUCUGGCGACGUGCUGCUUUUGCAGUGUCGUGGGAUGGUGCCCGCGUGAUCAGUUGGAAAACGUGGCCAAACAGGCUACAUUGCCAUGUCUGACGGCCUUUGCGAAGCAGGGCGGUUCGACUCGCUUGGGGAGGAACCGACCUCGUUCUUUCAACACCAUGGCCCCAAGCACCAUGAUGUCGGCGGCAGCCCUGGCGGCCUGCGCGGCCCCAGCAAUGGCCUUCGUGCCAGCCGGUCAGAGCCUGCGGGGUUCUCCAGGAAACGAGCCUGCAAGCAUGGUUCAGGCCAGCUCUCGCUCGAGCUCUUAUGCCUCCACAGGCCUUGCCGCGGCGACUGUGGCUGUGGCCGGUGCCACGGCUCUGUCCAGGCCAAUCCAGCGUCGUGUUGAGCGAAAGGUCGUCGGAGUUUGCUUGCCUUUGACUGACAAGUUUGACCCGCUGAACCUUGGCAGCACGGAUGCAAAGAUGGAGCGAUACACUGCCGUUGAGAUUAAGCACGGCAGGGUCGCUAUGAUUGCCGUUGUUGGCUACAUAAUGCCGGAGAUCUUUCGCUUCCCAGGAUGCGAAGACUUCAAGCACGGCUUAGGCGCGCUGGAGAGCAUCCCCGUUGAGGGCUGGGUGCAGCUCUUUGCUUUGGUGGGUGCUCACGAGGUCCUCGUGAAGCCUCGUGAGGGAGGCCUCGGUAGCUUCGACUUUGGCUUGGGCACGGAGCUCUUGGAUGGCAUCGACGACGAGGAGCUGGAGCGUAAGCAGACCUCCGAGCGCAACAACGGGCGCCUGGCGAUGGUUGCUAUCCUUGGCCUCAUGUGGCAAGAUGGGACUUUCGGCGAGCCGCCGCUGAGCUACAUGAACAGGUACGGCUUCUGGGGUGAGCCGGUACAGUACAUCGUUUCGCACAUUGCGAAUUGCCAGUCCUACAGCGGCAGUUAUGUGGACAAUGGAGGCUUGUGCGCCCUUCCUCGGGGCCGAACCAGCAUGCAGGCCGUUCAGAAACUCUCCGAGGGUGUCUGGGUUGAGAACGAGACCUACCCGAAGGAAAUGGAGAUGUCUCCUUCCGUGCCCUUCCUCAGGUAUCCGCAGGUUCUCAAAGGUUGGGUCGGGGGGGAGAAGGGUUUCGAUCCUCUCGGGGUGACGGAUGCGCUGCCAGUCUACUGGGUGCGAGAGGCAGAGCUCAAGCAUGGGCGUGUCUGUAUGCUCGCCACGGUCGGAUGGAUUGCCACCGACCUCGGUGCAAGAUUCCCAGGCGAGAAGUUCCAGAGCGUCGCCAACAGCGUCGAGGCCCACGACAAGAUGGUGGAGGCCGGCUACAUGCUGCCUUUCCUGGGUGCCGUCGGCAUCUUCGAGCUCUUCUCCCUGUGGCUCUUCUUCCAGUCCUGGCCCAUUGGGGAUGGCAUCAACCGCGAGGCCGGGGACUACUGGCUCGGCAAGCAGUUCCUGCCUAAGGAGCCCGAAAAGGAGAAGGACAUGCGCCUGAAGGAACUGGAGAACGGGCGCCUUGCCAUGUUUGCCUUCAGUGGCAUUGUCACCCAGGUCCAUGCCCUCGCGAGGCUCAAAGUCUCGUGCCAGCCUCGGACGGUUCCUCCGUGGAGCCAUUGA